AUGGACAUCCUGUUGAGGAAUCUCAACGCGAGCUGUAGGAGUUCCUCAGAUCGCUCUCUUUUGAUGUUAUGGGACAGUGGCUGGUCAUUGGGGAUUUUAACGAGAUUCUCCAUCCCAGUGAAAAGAGUGGAGGGGACCUUCAAUCCAAUGCCUGCCUUGUGGUUUCGGGAUACCCUUGAAGAUUGCAGUCUCAUGGAUUUGGGUAGCAGCGGGCCUCAUUUUACUUGGAGGGGCCAAGAGUUCACGGGUUAUGAGCAGGUAGUAUUCAAGCGGCUUGAUCGAGCUGUUUGUAAUGCUUCUUGGAGAAGUGCUUUCCCCGAGGAGGCAGUUCGGGUGCUACCUUGUUUCAAAUCUGGUCAUCAUGCACUUCUGUUGGAUAUAAGCGGUUUCAGACCAGACCAGCGGGUUCAGAGGCCAUUUCGUUAUUUAGCAGCCUGGCACACGCAUUCAAACUUUCCUCGAAUGCUUCAGUCUUCAUGGCAGUCCAGUCUGAGCUUCGCUAUGAACCCAGUAAGUUUUCGUGAUAAUGUACAACAGUGGAAUAGGGAGGUCUUCGGAAAUAUUCAAAUACGUAUAGAAGGGUAA